GGAAAGUUCUAGUGAUUCCGUCUGAGUUUGCGUAGAAGCUGCUAAGGUUGCGUAACAUAACCGAGAACUCGAAGAUCAAUCGCAGUCGCAGACGAAACUUGCGGAAGAAAAGACGUCAUAAGUUUGACACGAAGUUAAGUUUGAAAAAUUAUAAAAAAUGCCACGACGAGGACGUGCAUCUGCCCCUCCACCGAGGACAGUCAGGCCCACUCGCGCUGCGGCACCAGUCCCAGCACAUGCCCCACCAUCAACACCCAUGGUGGCUCAACCUCAACCUCAACAGCCAUCCCUCAUGGGACAAAUGGCUGCCACAGCUGGAGGUGUAGCCAUAGGAUCUGCAGUAGGUCACACUAUUGGACAUGCUAUGACUGGACUCUUCAGCGGUGGCUCCAGUGAGACUGCUGCUGCACCUGCGGCUGCAGCACCUGUAGCAGGUCAGAGCACACCAGCCUCUGCCCCUGCUACUGGUGCCUGCGCAUGGGAAGUUAAGCAGUUCCUGGAUUGUGCUCAAAACCAAUCUGACCUCACUCUGUGCGAUGGUUUCAACGAAGCUCUUCGCCAGUGCAAAGUCUCUAAUAAUAUAAUUUAAAUAAGUACACCUACAAAAAUAUCUGGUAGCAGGUGAUUACGAGAUGAAAAUUUAGAAAAUAUUACACAAAUCUUAUAUAUUGGAUGUUUUAGAUUUACUCUGUUAAAAUUAUUAUAUACAUUUUUAUGUAUGAGUAUUAUGCAAUUAUAAUAAUCGAAAUGAGAGUCUAAUUCAGAAUUGGACAGUAGAAACUCUCGAUUUUAAAUGCUUCAUGAAUAAAUUGAAUCCUAAUCUAAUGUACAA